UUUUUCGAGGCGUUCUUGUUUGCUAGGCAAGAAGAGAAGUCUUCUUGGGGUAACCGGAAUCCGACCGGCUGGCGGCGAGAAGAACCACCUUUUUUCCAACAAUCUUCUGUGCGUGUUGCGGGUGCGCCACUUCCGCCACGCAUUGCCAGAAGUUUCGAGUUCGAUAGACAGAGUGCAUCGUUUCUUGGCCCACCCACCGUUUUUCGUUUUCCGUACUCCGGAAGACAAGUAGGUGAGCAACGGGUUUUGAACCCGUCUCUUUAGCAACCAACAGCAGACACCUAACAUCUCUUGUCGACGCCAAUUGUGGAAAAGAGGGUUUCGUCCUCGACAGACGUGGAAGCGGGAAACCCCGCCGUUUCUGUUCGAAAAAAAAAUAUACGUGAGAGUUCUGAGAGUUCUGCGGUUCAGUGGUUCAUCCGCCGUGAUCGAUCAAAACCCGACGUUCACCCAUCCAACACCCAACACCCGACACCCAACACCCAACCCCCAACACGGUCACAACCGAACGUGCUAGCCGCAGCAUACCUGGGUACACGUGUGUGUCAGUGAGGAGAGAUUGGUCGUGGAGCCGACUCGUCGCCACGCUGCUGUGCUUGUGCACAUCGAAUCACACAUCUCUUGGAGUUUGAGCUGCUGCUGCGGCUGCUUCGGAGCCUGAAAUCAAACGGCUGCCAACGCGCCAAUCCUCUUCUUCCAGGAGCCAUGAACACCACCACCCGGGCUGUGCUUCGAGGGGCGGGAUGGCGGCGUGCUCUCCACAAGGCCGGGUCGCGCGCUUUCCCUGGGGCUGCGCCUGCCGGAGGGGGAAAGGGAGCAUGGGGAGGACCUCGGAGGCAGUUGGCAUCAAUGAGUAUGUCUAAACAACACGACCACGAGCCCUACGUCGGGUUCGGUCUGUUGGCGUCUCUCGGCCUCGUGAUCCUGUCCGGCUACAGCUACGACGACGAGCUCCCGUCGCGUUUGUUGGAGAAGCUUCAGCAGCAGACCUCCUCUGCCAAUGCCGUGUGGCCAUUACGCAGGAUAGACGAGUUCUACACCGUCAGGAGCGACCAGACAUUGGGCCAAGGGCAGUUCGGCACGGUAACGACGGCAACGGACAAGGCUACGGGAGAGGUGGUAGCCGUCAAGUGCGUUCCCCGAAGCGAGGCGUCGGAGUCCCACUUCCGAGAAGAGACCGACGUGCACCGAGAGGUGGCCAGCCAUCCCAACGUGGUUGGCGUCAAGGGGAUAUACGCGGACGAGGACUGCUGGUACCUGGUCAUGGAGCUGGCCGAGGGGGGAGAACUGUUCGACCGCCUCACAACCGAAGGGCUUGCGCUCGACGACGGCGAUGUCCGAUCCCUCCUCCGAGACACGGCCAAGGCGAUCGCCUUCCUCCACGAGCAUUCCAUCGUCCACGGCGACGUCAAACCGGAGAACAUGCUCUUGGCGGCGGCAGCAACUGGCUCAGGGGAUGAAAGUCGUCGCACUGGGGGAAACCAAAUAUCGGAAGCGGCAGCGGUAGCGGAAACGGAACAAAGUGCGGGAGAGGCGGGGGGCAGUGUCGGGAAGGUGCUGCUGGCAGAUUUCGGGUCCAGCUUUCGCUUGAGGGGCGGCAGAGGCCACAAGAAGGUGAAGGAGUACACGAUCGCGUACAGCGCGCCGGAGGUCGUGGAGAACAGCGCGGAGGUGGACCAGAAGGCGGACGUGUGGUCGCUAGGGGUAAUUGCGUACGUGUUGGUCGUCGGGCACCACCCGUUCGACCCAACCAGCGAGGCCGACGACGAGGAGAUCACCGAGAGCAUCCUGCACUCGGAGCCGGACUGGGAGGGGGUGGAUUUGAAGGCGGCGACCCUCAUCCGCCGGAUGCUCUCUAGAAACCCCGAGGACAGGCCGUCCGCCCAGGAGGUGCUGCAGAGCUCGUGGCUGCAGCAGCUAUAGAAGAACGUAUUGCUGAUAGAAGAAGGUAUAGCUAAUUCUCUGCGGCGCAGGUGAAGGCAGAGAGAUGUAGCAGUUGGUGGCACCAAAAAACGCGUGUCGAAAAAACUAGACUUGUGUGCGCUUGUUGUUCUCCUCCGUCUUCUCUGUGGUGUCGCGCUAUGGUGCGAUUAUUGUCACCAACUUGCAGGAGUAACGGGUUUUGUUGUCUGUUUUGGUCUUUGAUCGGCGGUGGAGAGAGCGAGAUAGGUGGCUGUGGGCAAAAUUCGAGGGAAAAUAUUGUGGCAAUGUUCCGUGUGUGUAGGUAGGAGUGGGGAACCCACUGAUGCAUGUCGGUUUUGAACCCCCCCUCCCCUUUCUCCCCUUUCUCCCGGCAUCUUGUCGUGCCGUGCCAUCCUACCCUACAAUACUGUACCCAGUUGACUGACAUUUGAGUCGAACUUUGGUGACGGGAAGGAUGGUGAAGGAGGCUACCGUUUCUCAGUUCUGUGCAAACGAAAGAUUGUUUUCCGUCUGGCGGCGCGCACGUAUGUAUGCGCAACAUGUCCGUGGCUCGACAUAAGACUUUUUGGCGUGUGAAGGCUCUGAUUUGAUUCAGUAGUUCCCCGCUGGUAUACCGUAUCCGUCGUUGUAGACGGAACACCGCAAAGCGACUACCACGUGUUUGAUGUUGAAGUGUUCGUGUUCAUUGCAGUGCGUUUAGCACUCAUGCAUGAUCAUGCUUGGUUUCGUCAUUAUGGACUAGUUUUCACUUGUCAUUUUUUUAUUUUUUCCUGUUUUUUUGCACGUUUGGCUGUUUCGUUUUGUCUAUGCGAUACCUUGAGGAUUUUUGUGUGUCGGCACCCGCUCUCGAGUGUUGGGAGCUGGUGACCGCGGGCACGUUUAGAAAUGGAAGGGAGUGUCGCCCUGGAUUAGUCUGGAGAGUGGUGCUGUGUAGCAACGUGGAAGGGAAAGUGAGUAGUGCUCCGGCGGAGUUUGGGGGGUCGGUGGACGACGGUGAGUUUUUGUGGGUAAGCCGCUCGUGUGAAGCACGAUGACAGCUGACAACACUUGAUGUGAGGAAGUUCAUCGGGGACAGGCGACCUGGGGGCUGCAGAACAAAACAAACCAAAAAAAUUCAGUGCUCUGCAGCUCCACAUGUACUUUUGAGAAAUUUUGCGUACCAUUCUUCCAAACGUUUUUCAACAUUCUUCCAAAAGUUUACACGUUUUUCAGGUUUUUAUUUGUACUUGUAGUUGUUCUUCUUUCGGUGUUUUGUGGUAUUGCGUGGGUGUGUGAGGGGGUUGUGGGAGGGGCUAGCGUAUCGCAAGACGUAGUGAGGAUUAAAAGAGCUGUAUGCCUGCUCUUCCAGAGCUGCGUGUACUAUGUCUGGCUGCAGCGUACCUUGGUUGCAAAAGCUAUCUAGGUUGCCGCGAUAUGUGUUGUGCUUCAUCGUUCGUACAUACGUGCGUCAUUGUAGCUCUUUUCGUGCUUGGUGCUUUUGCAGCAUGCAGCACGUGCGUGUCCAUCGCAUACAGUUUGUUAUGGUUCUUCCCUGCCGUUGUCAUGCAAUCACCGCUCGCUCUGCAAAGAAAUAUGGUGCAUUCAUUCCCAACGCCGCGUUGUUUGUCAUUGUUGUUUUAUUCUCUUUUGAGGCGUCGAUUGGAGAGUAAGCUGGUCGUGGCGGUGACGGUCAAGGCAAUCAACAAAUAGAUGCAUAGAACACGGAAGUGUCGCCGAGAUCGAUCAAAGUGUUGAUUAUGCAGUCGGUUUCUUCGAGGUGUGCCCGGCAGUCCUGUCGGGGCCGACGUUGUUUUUCUCCGCCGUCGUAACAACACAAAAAAAUAUACAUGCCUUAGAGGACGUACUUUCAAGAAGUGAAAGAUGUUCGUUAUUUCAUGGACAUUUAAUAGAAACAGAGGGGGCAACACAACCACGACGAAACGGC